CCAUUUCUGAGGCUCUUGAGAUCCAUCAUAUGCUUAAUAGAAUCAAUAGCCCAGCAGUCAUCAGAAAUUGCUCUGAAAUCAAAAGUACCUCCUGUCCUCCUAGUCAAAAGUAGGAACAGCAAUUAGUCUGUUCAGAUUUGCCUGCGCGAAAUGGGGUGAAAGGGCCUUUUUACAGCAGCCGUGCAUCAAGCUGUGAACUGUCUGAUGCAAUAGCAGCACUGAGUUACAUGAUUGGCGUGGAAAGCAAGAAAUUGGAUUCACAGGAAGGCGCAAGACGCAGCUCCCAGUACUCUACAAGAGACGAGGUUUACAACAGAAAGUAGUGAUUAGCAUAAUAAUGUUCACGCUGAUCUUUUUGAAAGGUAUUAUUUAUAGACCAGAACCAGUGACUCACAUGAGCCUCAUUAACCUACUGCUAAAUGGGGACAAUCUUCACAUCAAGCAAAUCACAUCAAUCAAAUGUUUACAUCGGCCACAAAUGCUUGGUUACCGCUAUCACAGUAAAAUGAUAUGACUUAAGUAAUGACGGUAUUCAUUACAGUUCAGGGAAAUGUUUAUAGCAACAUAUAUAAGAGAGAACAUAGCGUCGUUUUCCAGGCGACACCUAUAAGCCCACAAAUCCUUAAUGGUAUCUUUCAUGGUUGGCCUUCAUGGAAUGGCACAUUCCUGAUGUUGGCCAGGACACCCAGUCAUAGGUCUUAAUGCAAUGCAAAUCUCCGUAGCAGAUUUAAGCCAACAGUUAUUUCUGGUACUGAACCCAGACAAGCGUCUCUCCAGCAGCAAUUACAAAGCGAGUAAUCCUAUCUGACCCAGAGGGGCUUGUUCAUCUAGACGAAUCAAAAAGCUGGCCAUUCCCAGAGCCAGUCUCAUUUGUGAAACAGAUGAGCCAUCAGCCUUCAGAGGACCCAAUGGCAGGAGCCGUGUUGUCCUUGAAGCAUGCAAAUGAGACGAGGGUGCCAAAUGUUACAGUAGUCACAUUCGCUGUGGAAUUUGGUUGAACAGGUUCUACAAGGGCGGUGCACCUCCAUAACUUCUGGUACUGCAAAAAGAACAUGCCUUCCAGAGACCGCAUGCCUAGUUGCCCAAUGACCAGUCACAAGUUCAACAAGUUCCUUGUCAAGGUCUCGGAGGCAUUCUACACCUAUCAACAGAAACCAGUGGCCUUCACAAGUCACAUCUAUGUUCCUCUUAUGUAAAUAAGAGGAAAAAGAUUAAAAUCAGUAGGCAAGGUUGAAACCUGAAACUUUCAAAUGCCUUUGCAAAUGAAAAGGUACUAAUCAUAUGACUUAGAGAGACAACGCAUUCUUCACCCUUGAAGUUAACUAAUCAUUAAUAUGAAGAAAAUGUCACCUGUGGCUACAACUCAUGCACAUAAACAAGCUCAAAAAGGCACAAGGCAGAUUUCGCAAGGGAGGUUUUUGUCAUGAUUCAGCAGGUCUAUAUCCAUCUUUAGAAGCUGAAUUGCUACACUCCCUCAGACAGGAUUACAAAACAAAGCACAGGACCAGACUAAUCUCAGGGGCUCUUGGUGUGGCUGUAGGGUAUCCCUUGGACACAGUGAAGGUGAGGAUACAGACCCAGAGGAAAUUCACGGGGGUGUGGCACUGUGUCCACAGCACAUGUAAAGCAGAAGGGGUGAAUGGGUUCUACAAGGGCAUAUCCAUGCCGGUCACCACCGUGUCCAUUAGCUCCUCGGUGGUCUUCGGCACCUACAGGAACUGCCUGCAGGGUCUUCGCAUGCUGCGUGGGGGGGGUGCUGAUACCCCUCCCCACAAACUGGACAUCUUCCUGUCGGGCUUGGCGGCGGGUGUGGCCCAGGUAUCGGUGAUGUCCCCGGCUGACAUCGUGAAAGUGCAGCUUCAGUGCCAGACGGAGCCCUAUCAGGGCUCGACCUUGGACUCGAAACCCAAAUACCGUGGGCCGAUACACUGUCUGCUGACUAUUGCCCGCGAGCAGGGACUCCUGGGCCUGUACAAGGGCGCUGGAGCCCUGGCCCUACGUGACGGUUCCUCCUUUGCCACAUACUUCCUGACCUACAAUGUCGUCUGUGGCUGGCUGACACCAGCAGAGCAGAAGCAACCAGAUUGGGCCGUGAUCAUGCUGGCUGGAGGGGUAUCGGGCAUGUGUGGCUGGUCCCUGGGGACGCCCAUGGAUGUGAUCAAAGCCCGCCUGCAGGUGGACAGCGUCACCCAGAGGAGGUACAGGGGCUUUGUGCACUGUGUCACCGAGAGCGUACGCCAGGAGGGCCCCAGCGUCCUCUUCAGGGGCCUGGGCCUCAACUGCCUACGUGCGUUCCCCGUCAACAUGGCCGUGUUCUGGGCAUAUGAGCUAGUGCUGCGCUUCCUGCGUCCAUCACCCUAGAUGGCUCAUCCCUAAAUCCCAGAGUUUACAAGCAGACUCCUUAUCUGCUUUAGCAGAGGGAAGUAUGAGGCGUCACAGACCACACGCCAUCAUCUAGCAGCCUUGAGUAUAGUUUUAACGUGUUUAUAGUAGUGCUGUCAAACGAUUAAACUUUUUAAUCAGAUUAAUCACAGGGUUGCUGUGGAUUAAUUUCGAUUAAUCAUGAUUAAAUAUCAUUCAAUUUUAAUCUAUAUUAAUCACAUUUCAUUUUGCAUGAGCAAACAGACUCGAGAAAAAAGGUAAUAUAUGUGCACUUAACAUGUUUAUUGAACAUCUUGAACAUGAGUUGGAUGCAUUCUAUCUGCCACAGAAGUGCAAUACCAUGGACCCAUAUCAAAAAGCAAGAUUUUUUGCUUAGCCGGACAACUUGUCAGAUUUAAGGUACCUCAGUUUAAAUGGUCUUUAUCUUCAUUCACUUACAAUUAGCCCGAACUACCGUAAAUCCGACAAAUAAUCUGAUUUAUCAUGAAAUCCAACUGUAGCCCGGUUAAUUGCCAUUGUUAGCAAUAUCAGUUGAUAACACAUUACGCGCGAUGCUUUACGUAUAAAACUCCAUAUCAACACGUCCACAGAUAACUUGGACAGUAUAGUGCGUGCCACCGAUUUAAUGAACCAUAAAUGAGUAGUGCUUAAACAGUAUAAAACUACAACUUUCCCUUCUGUUGAUAAAGAACAUAGCAAUCUUGGAUUCUGAAUUCAGGAUCCUCUAUGCUGCUCCGAGAUAUUUCUCUCGAUCUCUGAGAAACGGGAGCGCGCAUGUCGUCACUUCCGGCUUCAAAACUGGAAUCCGACUCGGAAUACGAGUUCCCAGGGCAAAUGGAAUGCA